GUGAGCAUCUCACAUCAGUUACAGUCGUGAAUCCAAAGCUUUCAAACCUAGAAACCCUUCUUCCACCUCUCUCCCUCUCUCAGCGAAAUUCAAAACCCUCGCUCUCCUCUCCGAUCCGCUUCCCGUCGGUUUCUUCUUCUUCUUCUUUCAUGGCGGACGAGACUGUUCCUCAAUCUACGCCCUCAGUUUCGUCCUCCGCUGCUCCCCUUGGCAGCUCCGUCAUACCAAUAGUUAACAAGCUUCAGGACAUAUUCGCUCAACUUGGAAGCCAAUCCACUAUCGAGCUCCCGCAGGUCGCUGUUGUCGGAAGUCAGAGUAGCGGAAAAUCCAGCGUACUUGAGGCUCUCGUUGGUCGGGAUUUCUUGCCUAGAGGUUCUGAAAUAUGCACCAGGAGGCCACUGGUGCUUCAGCUAUUGCAGACGAAGACUGAAGAGGAAUACGGCGAGUUCCUCCACUUGCCGGGGAAGAGGUUCUACGAUUUUUCUGAGAUUCGAAGGGAAAUUCAGUCUGAGACUGAUAGGGAAGCUGGCGGAAACAAAGGUGUCUCGGACAAGCAGAUUCGGUUAAAGAUUUUCUCCCCAAAUGUUCUUGACAUUACACUUGUGGAUUUGCCUGGCAUUACAAAAGUUCCAGUUGGAGACCAGCCUUCUGACAUUGAAGCACGAAUCAGGACAAUGAUCAUGUCUUACAUCAAAGUUCCAAGCUGCUUGAUUCUCGCUGUGACAGCAGCAAAUUCUGAUUUAGCUAAUUCUGAUGCUCUUCAGAUUGCAGGAAAUGCUGAUCCUGAUGGCAUAAGAACUAUUGGUGUAAUAACAAAGCUGGAUAUAAUGGAUAGAGGUACAGAUGCACGAAAUCUAUUACAAGGAAAAGUGAUCCCUCUACGACUUGGUUAUGUAGGGGUUGUCAAUCGCAGUCAGGAGGAUAUUUUACUGAAUCGGAGUAUUAAAGAUGCCCUUAUGGAUGAGGAGAAAUUUUUCCGCACCCAUCCAGUGUACAAUGGCCUAGCUGAUCGAUGUGGUGUUGCUCAGUUGGCAAAAAAGUUGAACCAGGUGCUAGUACAACAUAUUAGAACUGUACUUCCUGGGCUGAAGUCAAGAAUAAGUUCUUCUUUGAUUUCCGUAGCGAAGGAGCAUGCCAGUUAUGGAGAAAUAACAGAAUCGAAGGCUGGUCAGGGUGCUCUUCUUCUCAAUAUUCUUUCAAAAUAUUGUGAAGCAUUUUGUUCUAUGGUUGAGGGAAAGAAUGAAGAAAUGUCAACGCAUGAGCUCUCAGGUGGUGCUCGCAUUCACUAUAUUUUCCAAUCAAUCUUUGUGAAGAGUUUAGAGGAAGUGGAUCCAUGCGAGGACUUGACUGAUGAUGACAUUCGUACUGCCAUCCAAAAUGCAACUGGCCCCAGAUCUGCAUUAUUUGUACCGGAAGUGCCAUUUGAAGUUCUUGUUCGUAGGCAAAUUGUUCGCUUACUAGACCCCAGUCUUCAGUGUGCCAGGUUUAUAUAUGAUGAGUUGGUAAAGAUCAGUCAUCGGUGUAUGACAAAUGAAUUGCAAAGGUUUCCUGUUCUGAGAAAGCGUAUGGAUGAAGUUAUUGGGAACUUUUUGCGAGAAGGUCUUGAACCCUCUGAAACAAUGAUAGGACAUAUUAUUGAAAUGGAGAUGGACUACAUAAACACCUCACACCCAAAUUUUAUUGGAGGAAGUAAGGCCGUGGAGAAUGCCCUGCAGCAGGUCAAGUCUUCUAGGGUUCCUUUGACUGUUUCAAGGCAGAAGGAUGGCGUGGUUGAACCUGAUAAAGCACCGCCAUCUGAGAAAACUUCAAAGUCCCGAGCUCUACUUGCCCGACAUUCAAAUGGUUUCUUGACUGAGAAGGGUGCUCGACCUUCAGGUGAUGGUGAAAAAGUUGCACCUUCUGGUACGAAUGAUAACCGGACAUCUGUGAAAGAAAGUUCAAGUUGGGGGAUAUCAUCUAUUUUUGGUGUGAAUGAAAACCGGACAUCUGUCAAAGAAAAUUCAGCAAGCAAGCCAUAUAAUGAACCUGUUCUUAACACAGAGCAGGCCUUCUCCAUGAUCCAUUUGAGAGAGCCUCCAACUGUACUGAGACCUUCAGAAGGGCAUUCAGACCAGGAGAUUAUUGAAAUUGCAGUCAUAAAAAUGCUCUUGAGAUCAUAUUAUGACAUUGUCAGGAAGAAUAUAGAGGAUUAUGUUCCUAAAGCAAUCAUGCAUUUCCUGGUUCAUCAUACCAAACGGGAGCUGCACAAUGUCUUCAUCAAAAAAGUUUAUAGAGAAAACCUGUUUGAAGAGAUGUUGCAGGAACCUGAUGAGGUGGCAAUGAAGAGGAAGCGCACACGAGAUACCCUCCGAGUUCUACAACAGGCUUUUCGGACAUUGGAUGAACUACCUUUGGAAGCAGACUCAGUUGAAAGAGGAUAUAACGUGGGUGCUGAUCCAACUGGAUUACCGAGGAUGCAAGGAAUGCCAACAUCAUCUACGUAUUCUACCAGCAGUUCAAACGAUUCAUACUCUCCUUCUCCUAAGAAUCUGAAGCCCCGAAAGUCAUCGUACUCGGGGGAGCUUCAAGUUCCAUUGUAUGGCAAUCCAGAUUCUAAUGGGAACGGUCGAGCGUUCAUGCCGAGCCUCUAUCCUAAAAUUGAUCUGUAGUAACUCGAUGUGCAUAGCCAGUCAAAAACGAAACAUUAAGCCAUCACAUUCAUUUGGUUUCAAGUUCAACCAGUGGAGCUAAUGGAAAUCCUUAGUGUCCACCGCUGACACAAACGCCCCCUCGUGACGUUGCUAGAUAUUCUUCCUGCAGAUUUGUUCCAAGUCGUCCAAUUUUUUUUCGAAAAAAAAUUCAAUUCCUUGGCCCCCCUUAUGUGUGCCUGAUAGUAGAGUUCGAAGUUCUGGAAACAAAAAAGAAAAAAAGAAAAAAGAACGGGGAGCCGUCAGCCAGAUGAAUCAACUCUCCUCUCCUAUUAUUAGUGUUUGUUUGAUAAAAAAGGUAGCCAAGUUUUGGUUCAAAAAUACAUGGCUAGUUUUUGAGAUUCUCUGUAGCCGUAUGACAGUUGUUAGAUUCAAAUGUAUAUGUUUUGGAUUCUAUUAGAAUCUUUUUAAAAUAUAGAAUUAUUAAGUAUGUCUGAUUUUUAAU